CAGAAACCAAAAGAAAAAAUUUCUAAUCUAAAUAAAGACACCGACUACAUGACUUCCUCAAUGUUAGAUCUGAGCUUCAAAGCGAUGGCACAUUACAGUCGUUGCCCGCACAAGCACUAGAAUAGUUACGAGUCGAACACGCUGUGAUAUCAUGGAUCGCUGAGGCAAACCAAAAUGAAUCUAAACACAUCUUUGCCUGCUUUGCCUGACAUAAAGGGCCACAUUCCACAGGUGUACAGGACUGCUAGCAUAGCCUUCUAUGCUAUUAUCUUCACCAUAGGCUUGGUGGUCAACCUGACCGCUCUCUGGGUCUUUGCUUUGACUACUAAAAAACGGAACUCAAUUACGGUUUACAUGAUCAAUGUCGCUUUAGUGGACUUGGUCUUCAUUUUACUGCUACCCUUUCGAAUAGUCUACUACAGUCAAGAGUACUGGCCCUUUGGGGAUGUCUUCUGCAGGAUUAAUGCCGCACUAACGGUGCUCUAUCCAUGUCUGGCCUUGUGGCUUUUCGCCCUGAUCAGCACAGAUCGCUACGUGGCCAUAGUGCAACCGCGACACACCAGAGAACUAAAGAGUGUCCGAAAAGCCUUACUGUCCUGUGCCGGGGUCUGGAUUAUGACUCUGGGAAGCACCGUUCCUCUCGUCCUGCUAGAAGAAGAUCCAGACCGUGCCUCAAACCAUACCACUUGCAUCAAGAUGCAUGACAUCAUCUACUUGAGGCGCGACAAUCCCGUCCAUUUCACACGUCUCGUCUUCUUCUUCCUGGUACCGGUGUCCAUCAUGGUGGGCUGUUACAUCACCAUAGUCGACAAUCUUAUUCACGGUCGCACGUCCAAACUGAAGCCCAAGGUCAAGCAGAAGUCCAUUAGGAUUAUUAUCACUCUGAUCAUCCAGGUGCUGGUGUGCUUUGUACCUUUCCAUAUCUGUUUUGUUGCCAUGCUAUUGCAGAGUGGUGGGCAGGGUUACAACACAUGGGGGGCCUUCACGACCUUCUUAAUGAACGCAAGUACAGUGCUGGACAUUAUACUCUUUUACAUUGUAUCAAAGCAGUUCCAGGACCGCGUCAUCAGCGUCAUCUUGUACAGGAACUACCUGAGAAGUGUUCGCCGUAAGAGUCGUCAUACCAAUAGCGUACGCUCGCUUAGCAACCUGACCAGCGCCAUGAUCUGAGAAUCACGGAUGACAAAACAUCCGUGCAUACACUGUAAAAAAGAUGAUCUGGUUGCCUUAAAAUUUUGAGAUCAUUCAACUUAAAAAUAUUAGUUGACUCAGAUAAGUUUUUGUGUCAAAUAAUAUUUUUAAGUUGUAUUAACUUAAAUUUCAAGGCAACCAGGUAACACUUAUUUUUUUAAGUUGUACCAAGUUUAUUUUUUACAGUGUAUCUGCUUACAGAGAUUGUAAAUUUUUUUGUAUGAAUGUAAAUAUUAAAAUUGCUUAUAUUUUUACAUGCACUCUUUCCAGGUUCUUUAAAGAACCAUUUCUUUCUUACUUUUUAUAGUCUGUAGGAACUUUUUCAACUAAUCCAAAUGUGUGCACUAGAAAAGUUUUGUGGAUGUUAAAGGGAUAGUUUACAGAAAAAUUUUGUUCUUCUGAACACAAAUUAAGAUAUUUUAAAAAUGUUUAUCACUGAACAUAUCUGGGACACCAUUUAUUUAUAUAGUAGUGAAUGGUGCCACAGAUGGCCAGCAUUCUUCAAAAUAUCUGUUUAGUAAAUGUAUAGUUUGGAACAACUUGCAAGUUAACCAUGACAGAAUUUUCAUUUUUCGGUAAACUAACCCACUAAAGCAAGUGGGGCCAAGCUCGCUCCUUGAGGGCCGGUGUCCUGCAGAGUAGCUCCAACCCUAACCGAACACACCUAAAGCAGCUAAUUAAGGUCUUACUACACUAUAAAAAUGGCUGGGUUAUUUUUUGACCCAUUAUGGGUAUUGGACAGAACACAUGCUGGGUUAUUGUUAUGCAACCAUGGGGUAUAAUAACCCAGCAUUGGGUCAAUUUUAACCUAGCAGUGUGUUCUGUCCAAUAUUUAUCCAUAAUGGGUCAAAAAUAACCAAGCCAUUUUUAAGGUGUAAGCAUACUUACCUCCAGGCAGAUGUGCUGAGGCAAGUUGGAGCAAAACUCUGCUGGACAGGCCAAUUUUAAUGGCACAACUUAGCACCUUUAUUUUUAAGAAUGUACUGUGAUUUUAUUUGCUGAAUGUCACUUAAUGGCUCAAAAAUAUGAUCAAUGUAUGUUUUUUUAUAUAUAUAUAUAAAAUGCCAUUUUAAUUUGAUAGGGAAAUAUAUUGCAUGCAAAAUUCCCAUUCUGUACUGAAAAUGCUUAAAGGGGGUACACUUUAUAAUAUUAAAGCACUUUAUAAUACUUUUAAUGCAUAAUUAUGCACCAUUUAGCUGUGUUUUAGAAAAUGCAGUGAAGGUCAUUUAUCAAGCUGACCACAAUGACAACGAAAUUAAAUGAACAAUAUGCUGUAGCAGUGCAUGAAUUCAACUGUUCUGUAAACUCAAACUGUAAUUUAUAAGAAGCCAAUAGGUGGUGCUACUGCACAGGGUACGUCUGUGUUACUGUUACAGUGUUUUGUCUCAAUAUCACCAUCAGGUGGUGUCAUGUAAUAACAGUCAAAUUUAAAGACCAUUAGAAUGUGGUGCAUUAUUUCAGGUUAAAGUGGCAUUAUGUACUUUAUUUUUUUUUAUUAUUUUGACUGGUGAUGUUUCAUUCAAAUUGUUUUUGUUUUCUUAAACUUCCUAUAAAAUAUAUGCCGAGUGCUGA